AUGGGAUGUGAGUGCUCGUACGAACAGGCCGGGACAACAACAAGCCUGACCGUGGGAAGAAGUUACUUGUCCCGGCUCGAACAAAGGCUGGAAGAGAUCGAAAGUACCAUGAAGGCACUGCAGCAGAACCAGUCGGCGACCCAGACCGACACUCCGUUUGCCAACGGCGCUCUCCCUUCUUUGGUACCGGACUCGACAGUGCCUCCGGAGCCAUCAACCCAAUAUCCGGCCAACGCCGAGCUGGGCGAAAUUGAUACCAGUGAAGACGCCAUCGACGGCAUGGGAGCCAUCCAGUUCACCGACGAAGAAGAUUGUGGUUACUUCGGCCCUUCGUCCAAUGUUGCUUUUCUCCGCCACAUCUCAUUGGCGCUCGCCAAGGCCAGCUGGCAGGGCGAGGCCGGGGCGAACAACUCUCCCACCACCGCGGCGGAGUGGAUGCGCGUCACCCGGCCGCACUACGUGCACGGGGAGAUCAACGAGAGCACCCUGAACCGCUCACGGAGAAGCGUCAACAUCUACGCGUUGCCGCCCGACGCGCACACCUGGCGGCUAAUCAAGGAGUACUUCCAGAAGACCGGGCAGCUGCUGCCGUUCAUCCACGAGGAGUCCUUCUGCGAGACGUACUUUCAGCUCAAGCGCACGAACUUCACCAUGGCGCGGCGGACGUGGCUCGGCUUGCUGAAUAUGAUUCUCGCCAUGGCCACCACCUUGACCGUGGACGGCUACACGUCCUCCGAAGAGAGGAUUGCUGAGUCCGACGUGUACUAUCAAAGAGCGAACGGGCUGUGCGAGAGGGAAUCACGGACGAACAUCAGUCUGGAACUCGUGCAAUAUCUGCUCAUUGUGGGCCAGUAUCUGCAAGGGACACAGAAGUCUGUCCGUGCCUGGACCGUCCACGGGUUAGCCGUCACGGCCGCAUUUCAACUAGGGCUUCAUUCACCGAGAACAAAUCGGGACUUUCCCCCGUUAGAGUGCGAGAUUCGAAAGCGCGUCUGGUUUGGCUGCGUUCUCCUGGACCGCACGCUGAGCAUGACCUAUGGCCGAGCUUGCAUGAUCCCCGGAAAGUACGUCAAGCUCGAACUGCCCACCGCCGACAUACAAGUCCUGGGCCAAACCCCCAGCGCAGAUACGGGGCAGUGGAUGGACGCCAUGUACUUUCGAGCGACAAUAGCCCUCUACAACGUCAUGUACCAAAUCAUCGACACCUGCUAUGGCCAAAACCUCGGCCUCGAAGAAUACCUCCCCGUGGCCGAGAUCAUCUCCCUCACGCUCAAGGGCGAGACCCAGCUAGACGAGUGGAAGAACCAGAUCCUCCCGUCGCUGAACCUACGCGUGUGCCACACGCCGCUGUGCGCGCAAGACCUGGACAAGCUGGAGGCCAAGGACAAAAUCACAGAGCGGUUCAACCUGGUGCUCUCGCUGCGCUUCCACAACCUGCACAUUCUGCUUCACCGUCCGAUUCUGGAGAGAUUCCUCGACGCAUACGGAGGAGCGGGGCGCAACGACAACAACGAUGCCGAGACGAACAUGAUGCACCAAGUCUGCAUCAGCAGCGUCGAAAACUGCUUCGACUCGGCCAUGAUCAUCAUCUCGAUUGUCCACACUGUGGUCCUCUCCAGCGGAUGGCGCCGGGAUCUUCUGGGAGCGUGGAACUAUUCCUUGUUUUACACAUUCAACGCCAGCCUCGUCAUCAUCGCGGCGCUGCUUGUGUCUCCGACCAAACCCGCCGGCGCUGAAGGCGGCAGUGGCGGUGGUAGUGAUGGCGGCGCUGUCCCCUCGCGGUGGAAGUUCGUCGAGAGCUCGGCCAUCUACCUCAACAUGGCCAUUGAAGCGUUGGAGAACCUUGACCGCGGCAACCGCGUGGUGCAGCGCAUCAUCGCCUACCUGUCGCAGCUGGCCUUUGCUGUCAUCACCGAAUCACCGGGCAAACUCGACCCAAAUUCUAUUCUCCCCGGAGUGAAUUAUUCGGACGCAUCCGCCCGGGCCGGCGGCGGCGGCGGUAAUCACCAAGACCUGUUCGCGACGCGGUCUUCGCAGCAGGCGGCGGUUGGGCAGAAAGAGCAGCCCUUGGAGAUCGACCUCAGCGAGUUCAUGCUGGACGCCGACGUGGACUGGUUCAUGCGGCAUUGA